GCGGCGGCUGCGCAGGCGCCGCAGGGCCGGAGAGUUUGGGAGGCGCUGGAAGUUUGGGCCGGGCGCGCUGCUGUGCUCGCCGUCGCUCCCACCAUGUCGGGCUCCUCCAACGUGGCGGCCAUGAAGAAGGUAGUGCAGCAGCUGCGCCUGGAGGCCAGCGUGACUCGUGUGAAGGUUUCUCAGGCUGCAGCAGACUUGAAGCAGUUCUGCCUGCAGAAUGCACAACAUGAUCCCCUACUGACAGGAGUAUCAUCAAGUACAAAUCCUUUCAGACCCCAGAAAGUUUGCUCAUUUUUGUAAUUAUGUAAACUACUUCAGUAUGUUUUGGUGAUCUUUUAGCAUCUUUUCCUAGCUGCUGAUGUGUGUAUGGACAGAGUGCCUCAAGGAGCAGCCUGGAUUGAAGUCUGUACAAAAGCUUAUCUUUAACGUGCCAAAUCUAACUGUAAAAUUGCUACUGUUGUCAAGCCUCUUACCAUCUACCUCUCCAAAGGAACUGUAUGGUAGUUACAAUACUUGUUUCAUAAGGGAAUCAGUUUUAUAUGCCAAGCAAAAAAUAAAAGUGUCUUGAUUUAGUCUGGUCCUGAAAUUACUGUACCAAGUUGAUUAACUUCUGGAUUUGCUGACACCCCACCGGUUAACUGCAUCACUCUGCAGCAGCUGGAGAGCACAUGCAGGAGUCUUGUCUUUAAACAUUCCUUGCAAGUUUGCCUGGGGGUUGACAGUUGUACAGAACAAGACUUAGACUUACACUUAGAAGCAUAUUAGAAAUGUAAUUCAACUAUACAGCUGUCCUGAAUCAUAGACAUCAUGAAAAACUUAAUUAUUAUUAAAUGAGACAGCUUUACAUACUUCCUGUAAGCUUAUCUUACAAAUUCUUUCCUAUGAGUGUUUGCUUCUUUUUGAUACAAGAAUAUCAACUGCUUAGGGUAUACAUUUCUUCUAAACAGGACAUAGAAAUACCUAGAGGAGUGAAACAUACUGAUUUUGUAACUUCUGUAACAUGACUAUUCUAUGUAAAUUGUUAAAGAAAUAAAAUGCUACAGACUUCCUGGAUUGCA